AUGUCCACAAAUGGUAAACUGUUUUACUUCUGUUUCGGAUCUAAUCUGUGGUCAAAGCGGAUGCACAUCAACGUCAAGAGUGCCGUUAAAUAUGGCAAUGGAUUGUUGAAGGAUUGGACGCUUACUUUCAGUGGCUAUUUCCCCCUCUGGUUGGGGGCCAACGCUAAUAUCGUACCCAAAACUAAUGGUGUCGUUUGGGGAACUGUUUGGACAAUUAGUGACACAGAAUUGGAAGGUCUGGACAAACAAGAGGUCGCAUAUAAUAGGAUUGAAAUCAAUGUAUUGGUCGGCGAAGAAGUGGUCAAAUGUGUUACUUAUGUCCAGAAGGAGACAUCAAAUGAACGAUUUGAGUCUAACAUUGAUUCAACGAUUCCGAGUCUGGCCUACAAGACAGUGAUCCUGAAGGGAGCCAUUGAACAGGGAUUACCUGAAGAUUACAUACAAUUCCUGAAGUCAUUUAAAGAUAAUGGAAACAUAAACUGCGGCCCAAAAGAACUCGACUUAACAUGA